CAAGAAGAAGAAGAAGAAGAAGAGGAAGAAGAAGAAGAAGAAGGGUGCGCGCUGCUUGUGGAAUCUUGAUGGCGCAGAACUCGAGGUUGUUUGAGGCGGACCGGAAGUGUGCUGAUCAGGAGAGCACAGGACCAGCUUCCCAGACUUCAUCCUCCUCAUCCUCAUCCCUCAAGAGACAGUGGGACGGAGAGGAUGAAGAUCACUCUCCCAGGAAGAAGCAGGUCACCGAGGAAUCGUUACACAGUCAGAAAGUGGCCACACAUUACAACAAGCUCCAGGAGCGUGGUCUGGCAGAGCGCAAUAAAAGCAGGAUAGUGCAUAUGCGCAACUUCAACAACUGGUUAAAGAGUGUGCUUAUAGCGGAGAUCUUGGACAAGGUGAGGCAGAGACGCAGAGAGGUGACCGUGCUGGAUCUCGGCUGUGGAAAAGGAGGAGAUCUUCUCAAAUGGAAGAAAGGACGGAUUGAUAAACUGGUGUGUGCAGAUAUCGCUGCGGUGUCCAUCGAGCAGUGUCAGCAGCGCUAUAAUGACAUGAGACGGAGGGGUCACCCGAACGACCGCACCUUCUCAGCCGAGUUCAUCACCGCAGACUGCAGCAGGGAGCUGCUGUCUGAGAAGCUGCGGGACCCUGAGCUGCGGUUUGACGUGUGCAGCUGUCAGUUUGUGUGUCAUUAUUCAUUCGAGAGCGAGCAGCAGGCUGACACCAUGCUGAGAAACGCCUGUGAGAGACUGCGGCCGGGAGGAUUCUUCAUCGGGACCACUCCAGAUGCUUAUGAGCUGGUGAAGCGUUUGGAGGCGUCGGACUCCGACAGUUUUGGAAAUGAAGUGUUCAGGGUGAGCUUCCAGAAGAAGGGAGACUACCCUCUGUUCGGCUGUCAGUAUGACUUCAGUCUGGAGGGUGUGGUCAACGUCCCAGAGUUUCUGGUGUAUUUCCCCCUGUUUGAGGAAAUGGCGAAAAAGUACAACAUGCGUCUGGUUUACAAGAAAACCUUCAAAGAGUUCUUUGAGGAGAAGGUUAAAGAUGAGAAGAAUAAGGUUCUGAUGCAGUGGAUGCAGGCGCUGGAGCAAUACCCUCCGGACGAGAGGAGCCAACUAGCGUCUGACAGUCCGGGCGAGUACGACCACGCCAAGAGAAUCGCUGCCAGUCCUGCUGCCAGAUGUCCACUGGGGACCUUGAGCAAGUCUGAGUGGGAGGCUACAAGCAUAUAUCUGGUGUAUGUGUUUGAGAAGAUGGCAUGAGUCCGAGGGAUUCACCAUCGAGCUGUUGUGUCCGGAUGAGUGAGCCAAAGAAAUGGAGUCUCAUUGUCAUUCACAUGGCUUCCAGCAGCCUCCUGAGCUUGUCCAUUUCACAAACAGUCAAAUAUUUUUAUACAACCAGAGCUUUUCCUUCAUGAGUGUGUGUGUGUGUGUGUUUGGAGCUUGUGUGAGUUAGUGUGCACAAUGCGCAUGAUCAAUAUUCUGUCUGAAACUGUAUUUCUGUUUAUAUGUCACGCUUCAUACGCUAGCCUUUCUCUUCAAGUCAAGCAGUCUAAUAACCCUGUAGAGCUUGCAGUCAUACGCUCCCUUUGGGUUUGGCCUUGAUUGCAAUCCUCCCUUUCCUUCAGGCUUGACUGAAAUCUGUUGUGGAUUUAUUUUUUAUUUUCAUUAACUUUUUCCUUUCCUCCUUUUUUUUUCUGUACUCUUGUUAAGUAAUGAUGGUAUAGUGCGUUAUUUUCUAAAUAUUGUCUUUGAACGUCAGGAAGGACGUGUAUUCCAGUUUGUACUCUUCUAAUUUCUCUAUGUAGAGCCGUGAUGCAGGUCCUGCAGUUUGCCAGGGAAAUAAAACCUGUUGUAGGAAUAUUAAA